UUACUUCAAGUACGAUUCGCCGCGCAAGAAUGAAAUGCGCGAUGCUUAGGUGUUCGAUUCGCCGAGCAUUACCGUUGUACGUAAGAGUUCGUAGAUCAUUUUCUCCACAAUCUCCUACUGGCCAAAUGCACAACUACGAUAUCAUGUCGACUAAAGAUGAAAAAAUUGCAAUCAUUGGCAGCGGCUUAAUCGGACGUAGCUGGUCAAUGUUGUUCGCCAGCGUAGGAUACCAAGUGGCCAUUUACGACAUUGACUGUAAGCAAUACAAGGAAGCGCUAAUAGAUAUUGGUAUGCAACUGAAACGUCUUGAAGAUAAUGGUAUUCUGAGGGGUUCUUUGAAAGCGGAUGAACAAAUGAAAUUGCUAAAAGCAUCAUCUAAUUUGGUAGAAACCGUGAAAGGAGCAAUAUUUAUACAAGAAUGCGUGCCAGAAAAUCUUUCGUUAAAGUCGGAACUUUACGAAAAACUCGAUAAGAUAGUCGACGAUAAAGUGAUCUUAUCUUCGUCAACAUCUACGUUUCCUCCAUCUCUCUUCAGCGAGAAGUUGAAACACCGUGACCAAAUUAUAGUUUCCCACCCUGUGAACCCUCCUUAUUACGUGCCUCUCGUGGAAAUAGUUCCAGCACCGUGGACGCGUGCUGAUAUACGUGAGAAGACAAAAGCCAUCAUGACAGAAAUUGGGCAAACACCUGUUCUCCUCAAUAAGGAGAUCGACGGCUUCGCGCUCAAUAGAAUACAAUACGCGAUCUUGAACGAAGCUUGGAGGUUGGUGGCCGACGGAGUUCUGAGCGCAAAGGACAUUGACGCGGUAAUGAGCGAGGGUCUCGGAAUGCGUUACGCGUUUCUCGGUGCGUUCGAGGCCGCACAUUUGAACGCGGAAGGAAUGAGAAAAUACUGCGAGACGUAUAACAAGUCGAUUUACGACGUGAGCAUGACUUUCGGACCAGUUCCAAGAUUCGUUGGCGAAACGGCAGAGAAAAUCAGCAACGAAUUGAACGAGAUGUGUCCGCUCAACCAGUUACAAGAACGACGAGCGUGGCGUGACGUCGCUCUGAUGAAGUUGUCCGCACUCAAGAAAGAGUUGAAUAAGGACAAACAGUAAAACAUAUACAAAUUAAGCGCAAUUCAUGUAUUAUUACAUUCUAUUUAUAAAAUUGACUAUAUAACGAUUUAUGUAAAACGACUCUAUUGUAUCUUGUUUCAAGAUUUUAUCUAACU